AUGAUAAGAACGCUGGUAUUGUGGUCUGCUUUGAGCGGAAUCGCUCUCUCUAGUUCUCUGAUUGUCGGGGUGGAACCGUCGAGACAGCAUUUGUAUGAAGCCAGUUCGAACCAUUGGACCUGUCUGGAUGAUUCCUCAGUUGUACUAAGAGCUGAUCAGAUCAACGAUGGUGCAUGCGAUUGUCCCGAUGGCUCUGAUGAACCUGGGACUGGUGCAUGUGGAAUCGCGGGACCGCAAUUCUAUUGUGCUAAUGAAGGGUUCAUCCCAAAAUACAUAUCUCAGAGUAAAGUUGGAGACGGAGUAUGUGAUUGUUGUGAUUGCUCAGACGAAUUAUUGUCUGGGCUUGAACCAUUUUACAGAGGUGCAACUUGUUCUGAAUUGAAGGAAUCUUGGGACAAGAUCGUGGAGACAGAGACCAAGAGAUAUGAAGAAGGUGCUCAGGCGGUGAGAAAACUGUAUCACAACUACAAUCUGGAUUCUGAACAAAAACCUGUUGAUAAGGAACUACUGGCAGAACGUAUUGAAGAAUUGUCCAAAAAGUUGGUAAGUAAUGAACUCGUUUUAAGCCAAACUAAGGCAAGAUAUGCAGAACAAUUGAUGGCUGAUAACCCAAUGCUUUAUGAGUAUGAACAAAUUGACGUCAAUUCCAUUACGUUGGAAAUCGAUUCGUCCUUCAAAAAGAUUGUACAGGUCACCAAAGCUUACGAGUCGCUGCUGAAGAUUCUAAACUCUUUGCAAGACAAUUAUUCAAGGUCAUUGAACGAUCGUGUGGUGAACGAGAAUGUCAAGAAGUUCAACUUUCUAAAGCUACACAGUCUCAGCAAACUCCGCUGUGACUCGAAAGUGGAAGAGGAAAAACGUUUGCAAUUAUUAGAAUAUUUCCAACAAGAACUACCAACUAUCUUCGCCGAAGGGAGAAUUGAUAAGCCAUCGAGCUAUAUGAUCGGGAAAUUCAGUUUUGUGGAGAAAAUGAUUUUAAGCAAAUCCCAAUACGUGGACAACUUGAUCUCCAAGAUCAACCAAUUGAGCGGACUAAUGUCUGAUGUGUCUGAAAAUUAUAAUGUCAACUACCAGGACUCCGGUGUAAAAGAUGCAGUGGAGGCUUACAAGGGCUGGCUAGUUCAGUCUCAAAACCUCGCUGUCCAUAAAAUGUUUCCGCAAGAGUUUACGCAGAAAUUGGCUCAGGUUGAAAGUUUAAUACAAGCCAAUUCCCAUAUAAUCUUAGCUUCCGAUAAUCAGGAUGAGAUGAACUCGAGCAUUCAAAACUUUUUACAGCAUUUGAACUUCUUAAAGAACGAAAUCCCAAAAUUUUUAAGGCCCAAUCUAAGAAGUCAAAUCAAAGCCCAUGAAUCAACAGUUCAUCAUCUACAAGAUGAUUUAAAGCUCAAGAGGGAUGAGUACGAAGCCCUCAUUAGAGCAGAAGUUAACCAAGAAGAUCAAGAUUUCGAACGGUUGAAAAAACUGAUAACCGCAAUCUCCAACUCUCAACCCAUCACUAGCAUGAUUGACAACUACCUCUACCAGAUUACCUUGCAUGACUCAGUCUACCAAAAGGAGGAAUCGUCAAAUGCCAACCAAGUAAAGAUUGGAAGUUUCAAAGACUUGUACUUGCAAAAAGAUGAAGUUGAAUCGAAAUAUUUCGAAUACCUGAAGUCAAAAUACCCAAAUGAGGACGAUCUAUUCCCAGCCCUGACCAACGAGAUUGACAACACUCACAUUGAAUACCUCAUUGGCUCCCUACACAAUAUUAAUAACGGUCUUAUUUUGCAAUACGGCGGAGGUGACAAGUGCUGGAAUGGGCCCAUGAGAGCCGCAAGGGUGACAGUUCACUGUGGCAAGAAUUUCCAAAUACUAAACGUCUACGAAACCACCAAAUGCAACUACUCAGUCGACCUUGAGGGACCUAUAGGUUGCAAUUUGAGCUUAUAG